GGUGCAAACUCAGUUGUCGCAGAAACUUCGAAGUGUUAAUAUUAAUUUCGAAUUUAAUUUUGGUGAAAAAAAAUAUAAACGCAAAGUAAAGUAAAAGUGGAACACAAGUGCAAGCAAUUAUUUAAAAACAGGAUCAGUACAUUUGAAACUGGAUAGUGUUAAAAAAAUAUAUACAUAUGCGUAUGUAUAUAUAAGAGUUUAGAAAGAAAAAAACAGUAAAAUUUGUGAACUUGAUUACUGCACAAUAAAUACAUCAAUUGAGCCAACUGCAAAGGACUGGACUGUGCCAAGUGUGUGGAACAGUGUGAAUAAGUAAACGAAAUCAUUUUUGACAUAAGCAACUUGUUGGCGAAUCUCGUUAAUAAGUUACUGACAAGAUGACUACCAAAAUGGCGAUUAAUGCAAAGGAUAUAUUCCGCAACCAACACAGACUAAUACGUUUCAUUGAGCAAUCGAUUCGUUUGUGCAGCAAUCAAUCGUUGAAAACCGCACAAAAACACGCCAAACAACAGGCUGAGCCCGACUUCCAGAUCACCACAUCGAUUUCCAGUGAAUUCACCUUCGCACCAGAACCGAUCAAACACGAUGCAGAUGUUGGCCAACAGUUCGCCGCCGCACAAUUGGCCGUACGCUUGGCUGCGCCACAACAAUUGCAACCCAAACCAGAUAAUGAUGAGGCUUUAGGUUUUGGCAAAGUAUUCACCGAUCACAUGUUGAAAAUCUACUAUCACCGGAGUUUGGGUGGCUGGCAGCGACCGGAAAUUACACCGCUCGAAAAUCUCGUCAUGCAUCCCGCGGCUAAAGUGUUGCACUACGCAGUAGAGCUCUUCGAAGGCAUGAAAGCUUACCGUGGUGUCGACGGCAAAAUUCGUAUCUUCCGCCCCAACAUGAAUAUGAAUCGCAUGAAUCUCACUGCCAGACGUUCCGGCCUACCCACAUUCGAAGGUGAAGAAUACAUCAAGUGCCUGUCCCGCCUCAUAUCCAUCGACUCCGAAUGGGUGCCACACAGUGAAGCUGCCAGUUUAUAUAUCCGCCCCACAUUGAUCGGUAUCGAUCCCACACUCGGUGUUGCCUCCUCCAACUCAGCCCUGCUCUACACAAUACUCAGCCCUGUGGGUAGCUACUUUAAGUCUGACAGCGAUGGUGCGGUCUCAUUGCUCGCCGAUCCACGCUACACAAGAGCGUGGCCCGGCGGUGUUGGCAAUCGUAAAAUGGGCUCCAACUACGCACCCACGAUCAAUGUACAAAAAGAGGCUGCCCAAAAGGGACUGCAACAAGUAUUGUGGUUGUAUGGUGAAGAUCAUCAACUCACCGAAGUGGGCACAAUGAACAUUUUCAUGUUCUACGUCAAAGAAAAUGGAGAGAAAGUACUGGUCACACCACCACUCAGUGGUCUCAUUCUGCCCGGCAUCACAAGAGACUCGAUACUCGCGUUAGCCAGACAAUGUGGUAAAUUCGAAGUGCGCGAAGAAGUGAUCACCAUGCCACAAGUCUGCGAACUGCUCAAUCAAGGAAGACUACUCGAACUGUUUGGCACCGGCACAGCGUGUGUGGUCAGUCCCAUCAACCGCAUCAAUUAUGUGGGCACCGAUUUGUACAUACCCACCAUGGAACAGGAGAAGCCCAUACACGAGUGGAUACGUGAGACGCUAACAGACAUACAAUAUGGCAAAAUAGAUCAUCCAUGGGCGGUGUUAAUUGAUUAAAGUACACACUCGCGUGCUACGUCUACGAAAUGCCGCAACUACUGUUGUUGGCAUCUUCUUAGCAAAUGAAAGUGUAUUAAUAGUUUUUAAAUUUUUUUUAUUUUUUUGAGAGAGAGAAAUAGCUUUACUAUGACUAUUUACCAGUACUUUAACUAUACGCGUAGCUUAUGGUAUGGACGAAAACAGUUCUAAUGGGUAUUCUAUCAACUAUAACCAAUAUGUUUUUUCGGGUAAUGGCAAAGCUCAAAAUCUUUUUUAAAGUUUUCAAGCCAAACAUUGCAUUUAUGUUUUGGACUCUCGGUGCGCCAAGUAGCUUUGGCGCACUACACACACUUACAGGCAUAUAUGCUUGUAGGCGUACUAUUAGUGUAAGCGUUUGUAAGGCAGAAAGCUAUAAGGUGAAAGCUUUCGGAGCUUUUAUCCUUUAAUUAUUUAAAGACUCCAUAUUUACGUAUUAAUUUCGUAAGUUUCUAAUAUUAUUUAUUUUACAUGUUUAGGGUAAGGUAAUGUAGUUAAAUUUAUAAUAAGCAGACAUAAUUUAAUGCUUCGAAUAUUUUCUGUAAUAACUAUACUAUAUAUGUAUAUGUAGAAUGUACACUGAGAAAUUAAGUUUUAGUUAACUGUGUCGGCCAGCGUUUAAAUUGUAGUCAUUUAGGGAGAUUUUAUCUUCUGUGAAUACUCAUUUGCGGCGCAUGUUUAGCUUAUAAUUUGUUUAGGCACUUAUUGAAACCACACUUCUCAGGUAUAUAUAUGAUUUAAAGACAUAUGUCUGUUGCAACUGGCAAAAGCAUUCGUUUAUAGUUAAUAUUCGUUUAAGUUAUUGUUUUAAAACCAGAAGAGCUAAGUACCAGAGUCAAGUGCAUUUAUUAGUUUAGACUUCGACUUGUUGUCAUGAUUUUGAUAUUUUCAUUCAAAAUUCAAAAUUAAUGUUUUUCGCCAGCAAUCAGAAUAUACAAUAUGCAUACCAAUGUAUGCGCAUAUUAAAGUAAAAAAAUAAUGAAAAAAAUAAAACCAAUAAUAAUUAAAAAAAU